ACGUUUAAUAGUUAGACAGAAAUGUGAGGCAAACCUAAACGGACCUUGGUACAAAUAGAAAUAGAAAUAGUAGUACUAAAAUAUCACACAUUUGGAUCCACCACACUCGAUCCUAAUCCCAACUCUAUCAUCUCCGACAACCACAAAUCAAACUCGCAAACCCUAAUCGAAUUCCGAUCCGAUCUAUUCUACCCAGUCAAACAUCUAAAUGAGUCGUCCACAGGAUCCACCCAGAUCGUUUUUCCCCUUUGGAAAUCCUUUCCGGAUGAUAUCACCUAAAGGCACUACGUUAUCUCCGCAACUGCUGGCUGUUUUAUCUGCCUUUGAGGCUACUUUGGAAGAGAGGCUGAAAAAGCUUAUUCCCAAAAGCAAGGAUGAAGUCGUCAGCUUGUCUUGGAUGGCUUCGGCUAUGCAGGCACUUUGUGAAAGUCACAAUGACAUUAAAACUCUCAUGACAGACCUUGAGCUUCCUGUGACUGAUUGGGAAGAGAAAUGGAUGGAUGUGUACUUGGACAUUAGUGUGAAGUUGCUGGAUAUAUGCAUUGCAUUUAGCUCCGAGUUAUCACGUCUGAACCAGGGCCAUCUUUUACUUCAGUGCACGUUGCACCAUUUAGGCUCCUCCUCAUCAGAUCAGCUUUUCCUGGCAUGUUCUUCACUUGAUGGUUGGAGGCAGCAUGUUAGUUCAAAAAACCCUAGAAUUGAAAAAUGUGGCAGCAUUUUGGAUAAUCUGGUGAGGUCAUCUGAUCUUCCAAAGGUUAAAAAGUCGGCAAAAGGAAAGGUUUUGAUGCAAGCUAUUUAUGGAGUAAAGGUGUUGACAGUUUUUGUGUGCAGUGUGUUUGCUACUGCUUUUUCAGGCUCUACAAAGAACUUGAUUGAUAUGGAUGUGGCUGAUGUGUAUUCUUGGGCUCCAACUUUUAAAGGUCUGCAGAAUCUUGUAAAUGAGGAAACUAGAGUUAGAUUUUCUAGUGGGAGAAUUACUGUAUUGAACGAGUUGGAAGCAGUUGAUUCGUCUGUGAGGGAAUUAUACCCUAUUAUCCAAGGUGUUGUAGAAACUAUUGACACAAAAUCACAUGCGAAGACGGUUGAGAAAUUAGGCAGAGCAACAGAGAAUUUCUCCCAAGGACUAGAUCUUCUUGUAAAGGAAGUUGAUGGCUUUUUCCAAGUGGUCUUGUCUGGUCGUGAUGCCUUGCUAUCUAAUCUGAGGUCAGCUGUAACUGUCAAUGGCGACAUCUUGGGGAGUAACGGAGGUGCACAAGCAGUCAAUUGAAUAUGUGCAGUCUACCUUGGGCAUAUACCGAUGAAUCUAGGACCAACUACAAGGAAAGGAUGGGGAGUUUCAAUUCCUAAUGGAUUUUGUUUUCACCCUCCUUCACACCUUAUUUAUGUUAAGGUUCUUGGUUGAGCUCUUUAGUGUGUGUGUAUAUAUCAAUGUUUUAAAAACCGGACCGGCGAUCGACCCGGCGAGACCUCUGGGUCAAGGUUUAACCGGUUCAACUGGUCGGACCGCAAUUGAACCGGAUAAUUAAUAAAUUAAUAUUAAAUUAAAUAAUAAAAUAAAGCACAACUCAACACUAAGCCCUUUUAUCAACAAAAAAAAAACACUAAUCCCACACUUUAAUAGAAAAAAGAUCUACUACUACAAUGGCCCAAGCCCAUUUUACAACCCUAAAUAUAAAAGAUCUAUGUACAUGUCUUUGUGCUACUAUAGUACAAUAGAAAUGUACAGCCGCCUCUCUCAAACAAGAAACACAAAAACAACUCUCUCUUCUCAUAUUCCUCCAUCUAUUUCUCAUGUUCUCUUUCUUGCUCUUCUUCUUCUUUCUCACAUUCCUCCUUAUAGUUUUUCUUAUUCUCUUUUAUAAACUCCAACUCUUCUUCUUGUUACUUUCCUCUUUGUCAAAACACGGCCAAAAAAUUGCUUCUAUAGUAGCACAUAUAUAUUAUAUUGUUUGUACUCCGUGAAAAAUUGAAAGAUCAUGAGAAUAAGAACAGAGAACUUGGACGAUUUGUUUGAUGAGAAAGAAACAGAUAAAAAAAUCAUUCCAGAAGCCAAAAAACCGGUCCGGUUUAAACUGGUUUUUUCGGUUCAGCGGUCUGACCAUCAACCCGGCCGGGUCACACCGGUUUCCAGCGGGUUUCAAGCAGAACCGAUUCUGCAUGCUGACCGAACCGCUCACUACACCGGUUCCCGACCCGACCGGUCCAACCGGCCGGUCCGGUCCGGUUUUUAAAACUAUGGUAUAUAUAUAAUUUUAGCUCAACUCUGAUGUAAAUAUCUAGCUAUUGUGAGAAAUGAAAAUAGUGAAUUACUACUA